GCGGACCCGCGCAUGCGCAUUAACCGCGUCCGAGUGCCCGAUACAAGAUGGCGGAGUCGGUGGGGAGGGAGAGGAGGAGGCGGGUCCGAACCGAAUAGUGCAAAGCCUAUAGAGGACUCCGAUCAAACCUCUCCAAGACGGGACAAAUGAGGAGCUAUGACGAGUGAAAACCACGCAACAAUAAAGACAGACUCGGUGAUGGUCAUGUCGCCCACCGGGUCCACGUCACAGACGGCUCCCUUCUCACCCUCGACCAGCAAACCCAUCCAAGAGCUGCCAGAUGAGCUGAUUCAGGCUGGAUGGUCAAAGUGUUGGAGUAAGAGGGAGAAUCGGCCGUAUUACUUCAACCGCUUCACAAACCAGUCACUGUGGGAGAUGCCUGUCCUGGGCCAGCAUGAUGUCAUUUCGGAUCCUCUGGGCUUGAACGCGGCUCCAGCAUCUGGCGAGGCGAUGAGCGACGCAGCUUUGGGCAACGGUCAGCGUAAAAGACAUCCGUCGGAGGACACUCAAGCAGGCCCAAACAGUUUCAAGAGGCCAAAAGUUGAGAUUCCAGUCACUCCAACCACUCCCACUGUCCCGAUUUCUCCGAGCACGCCAGGAGUCAAACCCUGGGUGAACACCACAGAUGAUAAACAAGGCUCGACCAGCGUCCCUGUACCGGCUCCAUACCGGCCCUCUGUGGUGUACUGGGACCUGGACGUUCAGACUAACGCUGUGAUCCGCGAGCGAGCCCCAGCAGACCACCUCCCUCCACACCCUGAGAUCGAGAUGCAGAGAGCUCAACUCACCACCAAACUACGACAGCACUACCACGAGCUGUGCUCUCAGCGUGAGGGCAUAGAGCCCCCACGGGAAUCCUUCAACCGCUGGCUUUUGGAGAGAAAGUUGGUGGAUAAAGGUCUGGAUCCGCUCUUGCCCAGCGAGUGCAACCUAGUAAUUUCUCCAUCCAUGUUCAGAGAGAUCAUGAACGACAUCCCCAUCAGGCUCUCUCGAAUCAAAUACAAGGAAGAGGCCAGGAAACUCUUGUUUAAAUAUGCAGAGGCGGCCAAGAAAAUGAUUGACUCCAGAAAUGCAACUCCUGACAGUCGGAAGGUGGUGAAGUGGAACGUCGAGGACACGAUGAACUGGCUGAGACGAGACCAUUCUGCCAGCAAGGAGGACUACAUGGAUCGACUCGAUCACUUACGAAAGCAGUGCGGCCCUCACGUGGCAUCCGUGGCGAAGGACUCCGUUGAGGGCAUCUGUUCGAAAAUCUACCACAUUUCUGCAGAAUAUGUGCGCAGGAUCCGCCAGGCGCACCUCACUCUCCUUAAAGACUGCAACAUCUCAGUGGAUGGCACCGAGUCGACGGAGGUCCAGGACCGGUUGGUGUACUGUAAUCCAGUCAGACUCUCCAUUCCGUCUCCUCCUCAGCCGCGUGUUGAGCUGCACUUUGAGAAUGACGUGGCCUGUCUGCGGUAUAAAGGGGAAAUGGUGAAGGUCAACCGCGGUCAUUUCAGCAAACUGGAACUCUUGUAUCGGUACAGCUGUAUUGAUGACCCAAGGUUUGAAAAGUUCCUGUCUCGUGUUUGGUGCCUCAUUAAAAGAUACCAGGUGAUGUUUGGCUCCGGUGUGAACGAGGGGUCUGGUCUGCAGGGGGCGCUGCCUGUUCCCAUCUUUGAGGCUCUGAACAAACAAUUUGGAGUGACAUUUGAGUGCUUUGCUUCUCCUCUAAACUGCUAUUUCAAACAGUUCUGCUCUGCAUUUCCAGACAUUGAUGGCUUCUUUGGAUCACGAGGGCCGUUUCUCAGCUUCUCUCCCGCCAGCGGCUCAUUUGAGGCCAACCCUCCGUUCUGUGAGGAGCUCAUGGAUGCCAUGGUGACACACUUUGAGGAUCUUCUGGAAUGCUCCAGCGAGCCGCUGUCCUUCAUCAUCUUUGUGCCAGAGUGGCGUGACCCGCCGACGCCUGCCCUGACACGGAUGGAGGCCAGCCGCUUCCGCAGGCACCAGAUGAUCGUGCCUCCCUUCGAGCACGAGUACCGCAGCGGCUCGCAGCACAUCUGCAAAAGAGAAGAGAUAUACUACAAGUCUGUCCAUGGAACAGCAGUCAUUUUCCUCCAAAACAACGCUGGCUUUAGCAAAUGGGAGCCCACCACGGAGAGAAUCCAGGAGUUCCUGGCAGUGUAUAAGAUCUCCGGCCUUUCGUUGCCCUCGCCUGGUCCUUCUUCCACCGGUACAGGAGACAAAGACUCCAAACCAGUUCAGGAGCACUUGGCUACGAGUCAAGACAACAGCAGUCCUGUUGACAAGACUGCAGCAGACACAACAGACAUUUAGACCGCGGCGCUGGGCGUGUGGCCACGUGUAUGUAUGUAUGUAUGUCCAUUGGAAAGAGUCUAUGAUUGUAUGAGAGGUUUAACAUUGCGCUGUUGGGUUUAGAUGGGCACUGGGCAUGUAAAUGUUCAGGCGAGAAGAAGAAAGACUGACUCACAUUUGUUUACUUUCAUUAUUUAAUAUUGUUUUAGGUUUUUGAGUUACGUUAUCAUAAUUGUUGGGUUUUAUAUCAGUGUAUUGAUAGUUUGGUCACUUUUUAGUUGUCUUUUUUUUAAGAGAUGAUAAAUGUAGUCCCGUAUAUCUUAUUCUUUCUUUUUUUUUUUUUUUUUUGCCUUUUUAGGGUGAAUCUCAGUGAAAUGUCGUCAUAUUUCACACCAGAUUUAUGUUGCAGAAAGCCUUUUAAGCUCUUCACUAGUAUUUUUUCAACAAUGAAGCAAGUUUUAUAGUGGUAAAUGGUGAUUAAACUUACUACAUUUUCAUUUGUUAUACAGUAUUUACUGUAUUACAGUUAAAAAGUUACUAUUACAAUGAUUCUUAAAAGAUAAAAUCUGAAUAAAUUCAACACCAUUCAACUUAAUUGUAUCGGGUUAUCUUAACCACUCAAAUAUAUUUAGCAUUACUAUAGUACAAUUUUUUAUUUUUAUUUUUUGCAAUAUGGUAUAUAAAAAAUAAAUAAAUAAAAAAUAGUCUUCAAAUAGGUUUCAUCUUUCAUGCAAAAAAAAAGCAUAUUUCUUUGUUGAUUUUGUGUUAGAAUAAGACGAGCUUUGUGAUAUUCACU